AUGGCAAUGGUGAAUCCAAAAAUCCAGUCCUCUACUAAUGCCUAUUACCAUGGAUUUAUAAGAAAAGUGUAUUCCAUCUUGACAAUCCAGUUAAUAUAUACUAUUGGAGUGAUAUCCUUCUGCAUAUUCCAGUAUAAUUUAUAUCAUAAAUAUGCCAGAGAGAGUUAUAUUGUAAUUGACACACAAAUGGUUAUGGAUGGACAGAAGAAGUACACCAUUUCCCCCGAGGACUACGUUUAUGCUGCACUCAAUUUAUAUGUCGACAUUGUCAACUUAUUCCUUAUCGUCCUUAGUUUUUUUAAUGAAUAA